AUGGGAAGAUUUGAAUUGGGUGGUCUUCCUGGCACAUUAUUGGAGCUUUUGUUUAAGGGCCAUAGAGUUGGUCGCAGCCCUCAACUAAAGGAGUUAUGGAUCGCUUGUUUUUGCUCAACCCUGUGGUUCAUUUGGCAAACAAGAAAUAGGUGCAAGUUUGAAGGUAUUGUGCCCAAUGCUAUGCAUGCUUGUAGGAUGAUCUCAGGUUAUGUAAAUACUUCCGGCCGCAUAGCCACUGGCUGCAUGUUCAACUCUAUCCAGGAUCUUUGUGUAGUUAAGAGAUUUGGGGUUCCUUGUAAACCUCGUCGUGCACCCCGUAUCAUAGAGGUAAAUCGGCAUCCUCCUUUAAUUGGAUGGGUUAAAAUUAAUACGGAUGGGGCAUGGAAAAUGAACUCACCGAGUGCGGGUUAUGGUGGAGUUUUUCGAGACUAUAAGGGUGAGGUUCUUGGUGCUUUCUCCUCCAGUUUAGAUAUCCCAAGCUCAGUUGCAGCUAAAGUAAUGGUGGUAAUCAAAGCUAUUGAGUUGGCUUGGGUUCGGGACUGGAAGCAUGUUUGGCUAGAAGUUGAUUCAUCUCUUGUUCUCACAUUCCUUCGCUCUCCUCAUAUGGUGCCAUGA